AUGCGAUCAGUCAUCUGCCUAUUGUUCCUUUAUGGUGUGGGAAGCGCAUUACGCGCGCAUAAUCCCCCUGAUGUUCUCGAAUUUCUAUCAGAAUCAAUCGCAAACGAGGGAAGCCAAACGGGAAGACCUACUGGACCAUUGGAUCCAUUUCUGGAUAAGAUAAAAAAAACGUUCACCUACUUAUGCUCGCGUUGCCAAACCAUCGUGAAGGACAUCGACUCUGCAAUCGAUAAAGAACAGCUCAAAAAUGAUGCAAUGAAGUUGUGCGAGAAUGUGUCGAAGAGUGAGGCGAUGCUAGAUCUCUGCAAGCGCUUCGUAGAAGACACUCUAGGCGCUCUUUACAAGGAACUGAAGAAGCUCGAACCAAAACCUGAACUCUGCGCUCACGUUCGACUCUGCGACUCCUGCACUACUAACUCCACCAGUUCGUCGACAGAUAUCGUUUCCCGAAUGCAUGACGCCAAUCCAGCUUUCGUCAUAGCAAAAGCUGCGCAACUACAAGCCGGACUGAUCCGUCUCGCUGCAACUGACAUGCUUAAUGGCAGGAAACCUUAG